AUGGCCAAAACCAACGGCUACUGCGAUCCUACUUUCAGCUCAGUCCGCGAGGCGCUGGAACAACAACUCAAGCAGGAGACCGAAUUAGGUGCCUCGAUCUGCGUCAACAUCGAUGGAAAGAACGUCAUCGAUCUAUGGGGCGGCUACACCGACGUCGCACGCUCUCGUCCCUGGAAAGAAUACACAGUGACGGUGGCCUGGUCCUGCUCCAAGGUAGUGACCAGCCUGGCGGUGGUGAUCCUCAUAGACCGCGGACUGCUAGAUCCCAACGAGAAGGUAUCGACAUACUGGCCCGAGUUCGGUAUCAAUGGAAAGGUGAACAUCAAAGUGUCAUGGAUUUGGACCACCGCAUGA